UGGCUGGUCAGCGCUCAGUGCUCACUGCUAGUUAGGUAGAGGUAAUGGCUGUGCGGCACAGUUGCUGGAGGUUUCUUUGCGCGGCUCGGCGGCGGUACUGGUUUCAUCUACAACAUUCGCGCAAACCUUUCAACCGGCAUCAUAAGCCAGCUAGCCAGCCAACCAAUGUCCAAUGAUGAAUGAUGAUGAGGGAGGGGAGCUCUCGGUAACGUGUGCUUGCGUUCGUGGCUCUGAAAUGGCCCUAAAUUUAGCAUUUCAACUGCGUAAGCUCGGUUCAGUUUGUGUUUUGAUCUCAACUUAUUUGCACGUUUGACUUCCGUCGCGCACUGAUUCGGUGACACGAGUUGAUAUCUUGGUUUACUUUUGGUGAAGCAAUCACGCAGCAUUUGAACUGCAAAUUUGCACAGUGUUGCUCCGGAGUUAAGAAGGACUUUUGUGCCCUCUGCUGAAUACACAGUCAAGUGAAAGUUACUCUUUCGUUCCAUUCGAGUACAAACAGGACUCACCGUCGUGUCGUUCUACGAAAAAGAGAAGAUUGGCAGCAACAGAUCCAUUCAUAAUGGCUUUCAACGAUUAUGCUUUCACCGGCUCGAUUAAUUUCCGUCUGACGUGUUUGGCGGUCUUUGUCACAGCGCUGUUGGUCACCCUUCCCGGAUCGUCGCAGGCCGCAAUAAACGAUAAUGAAGCGCAGCAAAUAGACGGGAAAAUUGUUAACCAAGGCGGUGGAUCCGAACAGAAGGCGGAUGGAUCCCGUUCCAGCAUCUUGGACAACAUCUUCAACAUUCCGAUUCAAACGUUGAAGGCAGUGAAUGAUUUGGUGCAGAGUAUCGCCGGUAACCUCCAAGCGGCCGGUUCUGGUAGCUAUUUUCGCAGCAAGAACGAUCUCAACAGGAACAUCAACGUCAACAUCGACGACGAUGACAAAGACAAAAAAGACAAGCAUUGAGUCGCUGCGCUGAAACCCCGAAGGUGGGCGCUGUGCAAUGGAUUAGAAAUAAAUAAUUAUGCACCGGAGGCUUCGGUCAAGGGGUGGUACUUUAGGUUGCAUGAUGGCGAUGAUGACAAAAGAGUUUUGUUUAGUAGCUGUGAUGUAAAGUAGAUAAGGCUUGCUGUAUUUUUACUUGUGAAUAGUUUGUACUUGUUCUAGCUGUAAAUGAAUUACUUUAUCAGUAGAAACAUCUUUACUGCGUUUUAUUGGAAAACUAUUCAAUACAUAUGAAAUAAUUAAAAAUAAUCAGGUUUGAUGUAUUCACUACUGUCAAAGUGAACUCAUUUAUUUCGUACUAAAAAGUGAAAUAUUGUCGUUUUUCAAAAAGAACACUAAAAUCUGAACUAAAUCUGAUCACAUAACGGCAAGCGUUUUGAGCGUUUGAGCAAUCUUACAACUCUGGUUCUCAUACAAAAAAUCUUGAUGUUGACUCCAACAUCCUGCUGGGGUUGAUGAUUUCAAUUUCAGUACAUCAGAGAUGCAUUGUAAUCAUUAGAGUGGCCAGGCCUAGUGUGCAGCGUAAACAAAAUGAACGGAAUUAAUCGGUGCCGUAAUUGCUUGUUCUCAAAUAGGAUGAAUAUGGGAGCGUGAGAUUACUACGGUGAAAAUCGGUGGGGAGACGUUGCUAAGAAGGUAAAUGCCACCCCUUGGUCCUUCCUGGGAUAGAACAUAGAUAUCAGGUAUCAAGAAGCCCUGCAUAAGAGGUAUAAUAUGUACCGAAAAUAUCUGGAGUGUAUUAUGUGCAUAACAUGUGAAUAAUGACAUCAGGUAUAGGUAUAUCAUAGGGGGAUUAGACACUCUAAGCAAAUGAGUAAGUUAUGCCGUUAAAAAAACUUAGCAUAUUAUCAGUUGGCUUAUAACUUUAGCCUGUGUGGAGGUUAGUAGAACAUAAGACUAUCACGCCAAGGACCUGGGAUCGAAUCCCACUCCCGACAUACUCACAAAAUGUGGGUUCUUCCUUCGGAAGGGAAGUAAAGCGUGGGUCCCGAGAUGAACUAGCCUAGGGUUAAAAUUCUCGUUAAUACAGAUAAAAAAAAAUCACAGCGGGUGGAAUGUCUUAAUUGUGAAGAAAUAAUGAAUUGUGAAUCGUUUAUUUUUUAGGGUUCGCAGAAAAGGUACGGGGCAUAUUUUAUGCUAAUUCUUUGAUUACAUCGACCAGGUAAAGUGUAGUACGUAGAUUAAUACUACAGAUUUGAUACUCCAUCUUCGAUGAGUUUGCAUAACUGAAUCGACUACAACAUUAAAAUUGCUGUUUUGAGCAAAUUCUGAGCAAAAAUAAAAUACUUCAUCUGUUGCUGAAUCUGCGUAUACAUGCAGAUAAGGUUUCAAUCCAUAUUUUUAAGGUGGACACACUCAAACGCUUGUAAUACCUUAUUUGCUGCUGUCUCAAAAUUAUAAGAAUUUUACCAUAUGAAAAACAUAUUUUAAUUUCAAUGAUAUUUUGGAGAAAUAUAAAUUAAUGGUACUUUUGAAAAACCCAGAUUAAUCCACCUAGUGGUGAUAGCGCCUUUCUCGUCGAAUAUAUACUCUAAGAUAUUUCCGUCGCCAUAAGCCGAAGUGUUCCUGAAAAAUAUUCUAGAAUGGAACAAAUAUCAUUUUCUUCUUCUGUCACAGUGCUCGUUCGUCAAUGAGGGGGUGGAGUUGAUAAAUAAUAAAUGUAUUUGAUGAAAAAAAUUCUCAAACAAUUAAGAAAAACCGCUCAAUUCAUCGGGUUUGGUAAGAAAUUUUCUGGAGGACUCUUCACCUUAAAAUUUAAAAAAAAUAUUGGUUUAUUCAUUUGUGCCCUUCCUCACAAUGUUGAAUUCCGACCCAAAAUUUCCAAGGGGAGGACCCCUCUUGACUUAAGAGAAAAUCGAAAUUUGUGUCAGUCUUGUUCAGAAAAGCAAGAACCUUAUCAAAGCCAUAAUCGAAUUUGGAAACUUAUUGAUGGCUCAUAUUCCUAUGUUAUGUUAAACGUAUAAGCAGAGCAGGAAAAUAUUAAACCUCUCAGUUGACUGUUUGACCACCUUCACUAGCACUGGAUGCCGAACAUUAUCCAGACAUUUCAGCAUUUUUUUUUCUGCACAGUUUAGCCUUAACUUUAUUAUCAUUGGUUAUACUGCCGUUCUACGCAUGAUUAUCCCAUGUUAUAUGGGAUUCCCAUAUAACAUGGGACAAUUGGGCGUGGAACGGCAGUAUAAGAUUCAUGUAAAAUUUGACAAAAAAGUGCAAGCAAGUAAAAUUUCCUAUAAUAAAAUUUCAAAUUUCAAAUUUCAAAUUUCAAAUUUCAACCGUGUUACAGAGCGCGAUGGCUCAACCAGUUGCAUCAAAAUUGUGCGCAGUUAUUUUUUUUAUUCUUAACCACUUAACCUUUUUUACAGCUCUUUUGUCCACUAGGCACUACGUGAUUGAUUCCAAUUGGCGGCUGCACUUACACUUGUACAGUGCUUAAAUGUAUUCUAUUAUAUUCUUAUUCAACUAUAUCGAACUGGUUUGCCUUUGUGCUGCUUUCACUAUUCUACCCUGCCCUCGGUAGAAUGAUGAGCACGAUGAUGAAAUGAUGUAUGGCUGUUGCUCCUUUUCCAGUCCGAUUGGGAGUCGUCCAUUAUGGGUUGCCGUUCAUCGAUAUCCAAUUAUCCGGGUUCGUUUGAGCUAUGAGAGCUCAGAAGAGGGUCAAAUGCCAGCCGCUCUCGGGGGGAAGAGCAACUGACGAAGUGCCGGGGCUGGGAUCCAACCCAUGACCAUCCGCUUAUGAAGCGAACGUGUAGCCACUGCGCCACGGGCCCCGGCAAUCAAAAGAAAAUUGCUAUAAAAUUAAAAUUUUCCCAUACAACGUUGAUCCAUCCUACUGUAUAAUUACGCCUCAGGAAAAUGGUGGGAUUUGACAAGAUCGCUUAAAUUUUUAUCAAGAUUUUGUUCGUUUACGCAUAUGUAUCGCUUGAAUCGAUUUUGUUUUGUUGUAAUUUCAGCGAUGCAUCUAAUCCUGAUUCUGCAACACUGCCGGUAAUCUUAGGUGUGGUCAGAGCUUGGGUCAAAGACUAUUUUACUGCUACCCGUUUAUCUGGUUAUCGAGCUUCCGGCGGGACACCUGGAACCGGUUCCGGAACACAACCGGUUCAGAUAUGGACUGAAACUAUCUUACUGCUUACCGUUCAUCUGGUUAUCGAAAAAGCCGCUCUUUGAUGUGUUGCAUGCAAAGAUUUGGUUCACUUUUUUAGUUGGCCACUUCCGGCGGGAAACCUGGAACCAGUUCCGGUACACAACCGGUUCAGAUAUGGUCUGAAACUAUUUUCCUGCUUGUCGUUCAUCUUGUUACCGAAAAAGCCGCUGUUCGAUGUGUCGCAUGCAUGGGUUUGGUUCGCUUUUUGAGUUAGCCACUUCCAGCGGGAUACCUGGAAUCGGUUCUAAAACGCUACUGGUUCAAAUAUAGUCUAAAACUACUUUCCUGCUUACCGUUCAUCAGGUUAUUGCAAAAGCCACAGUUGGAUGUGUCGCAUGCCUGGGUUUGGUUGUUUUUUUUAUUUGGCUACUUCCAGCGGAACAGCUGGAACCGGUUCCGGAACACAACCGGUUCAGAUAUGGUCUGAAACUAUUUUGCUGCUUACCGUUCAUCUGGUUAUCGAUACAACCGCUAUUUGGUGUGUCGCAUGCCUGGGUUUGGUUCACUUUUUUAAUUGGCCACUUCCGGCAGGACACCUGGAACCGGUUCCUGAACACAACCGGUUUAGAUAUGGGCUGAAA